AAUUUUAGGCCGUUAAAAGAGGUUGGUACUAAGCUGUUUGACUUGAUUGCUGAGUAUUUGCUAGACGAUGCCGCCGAAAUUUGACCCAAACGAAAUUAAAAUUGUUUAUCUGCGUUGUGUUGGCGGUGAAGUUGGUGCUACAUCUGCUUUGGCACCGAAAGUUGGACCGCUUGGCCUGUCACCGAAGAAAAUUGGUGAUGAUAUAGCAAAAGCAACGCAAGACUGGAAAGGUCUAAAGGUAACAUGCAAGUUGACGAUCCAGAAUCGUGUAGCCAAAAUAGAUGUAGUACCAAGCGCAGCAUCGUUACUCAUCAAAGAGUUGAAAGAACCUACACGGGAUCGGAAAAAGGUUAAAAAUGUAAAGCAUAAUGGUGAUCUCACCGUGGAACAAGUUAUCAACAUUGCACGACAGAUGCGACCGCGUUCAAUGGCAAAAAAAUUAGAAGGCACUGUGAAAGAAAUAUUGGGUACAGCCCAAUCGGUUGGUUGCACAGUGAACGGGCAACAUCCGCACGAUAUAGUUGAUGCUAUACGUAGUGGCGAGAUCGUAAUUCCAGAGGACUGAAUGGCGGAUGACUUUGUGUUUCAUAUUUUUCGUUGUCUUUUUCUUUUGUGUUGUUGGAAAUUGAAUUGAACUUCUCUGAAUAAAUGUUGCCAA